AUGUCGUUGCCUUUGGGAGCCAAGCGGCGCAAGGAUACGGUUUCGUGUUUGCCAUCUGGACGAACUAUGUGGGCGUACUGUGGAUUACAAGAGACGAGUUCCACUUCCUCUACCAGAGGGUCAUAUUUAGAGACUCGAUCAUUGCGUUUUAAAAGGAUUGGCCCAGGGACAGUAAGCCAGUACCACACAUUGCCGAUUCCUACAGGCGCGGCAGUCAAUUUUCACUGGAAGCUGCAGACUAUCCACCAGAGCAUAAUGCGUAGAUUCAAACGCAGAUCUCAAUCGCGCAUCAAACGGAUUCAAACACAGAACGACAUCACUAAGCUCAGUUUUAUCAAACCGGUGCGUAUAGAAAUCCGACAACAGUCAAGCAGCGAUGGUGGGUCAAUCCCCGUUGAAUCGGUGGAAACACGUGUUCUGAACCUAUGGAGCACCCAGAAUGGCACCAAGUUUUCCAGACAUUUAGAGGUUAAAGGUUGGUCACCUCUCUGCUUACGCCACUCUGAAUUGGGCGUGGAAAACAACGCUUUCUUCGGCAAACGACGGCUUGGCAUACGCAACACAUGUCUAAACCAACACAACUUCUGUUGCUUUGCACAUUCUUCAAUGGGAGUACCCAUUACACAACCGAAAACGCGCUUUCUAACUGUCUCGCUACGGAAUCGCCGACACCAACCUACACAAGGUGCAGUUCUGAGACAACGAUUGUCGAACAUCUGA